AUGGAUCCUCACCAGCAAUCUAUGCUUCAGGCCAUGGGUGCCCUGCCCUACCCCUACGCUUAUUCCUAUGCUAUGCCCGAUCACCUCGCUGCCGCAGCUGCGGGCAAGCGAUCUCGCGAGGAUGGCCAGGGCGAGGUGUGCCGGGACUACCUCAGCGGUAAAUGUACUCGCGGAAAGAACUGCAAGUACAUCCAUUACGAUCCCUAUGGAUACGGCAUGCCCGUCGCCCAUCCGAUGCAACAGAUGCAGCAGCGAAAGACCUCGAUCGAAGUGUGCAUGGAUUUCCAACGCGGGACGUGCACGCGCGGCCUCGAUUGCAAGUACCUCCACGUCCAAUCCCCCGGCGCGGGAGUCGAAUCGGGUGUGGGCACCGCCAAGCGAAGCAGCGAGAUCUGCAAGGACUUCAACCGCGGCCUCUGCACUCGUGGUGACGCGUGCCGCUACAUCCACGUUACGAUCCCCACGAUCAACCAGCAGGCCAUCGGCGGUGGACUUGCCAUCAGCGGCGGACUUGCCAUCAGUGGCAGCGGAAGCAGUGGUGAGGCCGAGUUGGCUGAGAUGGCCAAGAAGCCCAAGGUCGAAGGCGAGGAGGGGAAUGGCGACGCGCACGAGGUAGAGCAGCUCCGAGCACAGAACCAGGCCCUCCGAGCGCGCAACCAGCAGCUCGAGGAGGAGGUGGCCCAGCUCCGGGCUCAGUUGGGUAUGCCGCACACGGGGCCGUACGGCUACCAACCCGAAGGGACCAUGGAAGGCCACGACGCCCCACUCUAA